AGUGAUAAAAGAUUCAUUUUCCUUUUUUCCAUUUUGGUAUAAAGAAAUUCAUUCUUUUCUUUCUAUAAUUGAAAAAGAAUAGUCAUUCUCUUUUUCCUCACACUCUGAAAAAAAGAGUCAUUCUCUUAUUUUUCGUUCUGGAAAAAAAUCAAAUCAUGGAAUUUUUUUUUUCUCUAUCAGAGAGAAUAAAUUGAUCAACCCUGAAUGAAUAGACGUCAGCAAAGAUUUUCCUUGGAGUCCUGAUAGUAAAUGUCAUUUUCCUUGGAGGACAAAUCCACCCCUGCGAUGGAGAAGUGCAUAGUGUUAUAGUAUACAGGUAGAAUUUUCUCCCACCAGUUUGAAUUCUGCACUUCCACCCUCCCUUGUCUAGCCCUCAGCAGCAGCAGCAGCAGCAGUAGCAGCAGUAUUAUACACCACUAGUGAGCCAGUCGAGCUACAAGCCCCGCGGAUUAUCCGAGGCUCGUCACUACCCUUUGUAACUACUUCUCUUUAUUUUUCCGCUCUUCGAUAGUGAGCCCCUUCCUUCAUAUUCAUCCCUCUCACACAAUUUUUCACCCUCUGCGCCGGCCGUGUAGUUCAGUCGUCAACCACCGCCUCCUCUCGUUCAUCCACCGCCAGGUCAAAUACUACACUACUCCAGGUGAAUACCGGAAGGGCGGUUCGUGUUUAUUGUUGAUUUCAUUUUUCCUCUUUCAUUUUUCCGCCAAGAAGAAGAAUCCGAAAAUCGAACAGCGCAGCCUAAAACAAAAAAGAAAACUGGAACAUGAGCUGCCACAUACUGAUUUCAACGAAUUGUCAUCGAGACUGAGGAGAAAGAGAGGAACCGAAUUAUCACGGUGAUUCCGUGACCACGUGGAGACGGCAGGAACUCGUAAAAGGAAAGCCGGUCCUCCGAGGUCGAGGCCGGCGACGGCGACGGCAGCAGCAGCAGCCAGACUAUGAUAGAUCCAAGCUCCUCAGAAGAGGAGAGUGAGGAGGACCAAAGCCUUCACCACGGGGGUGGCGGCGGGGGCCGUGGCGGAAGUGGUAGCUCACACGGUUCCCGCCACCAUGCUGGUAGUAGAGGCAUGGGCCCCGGUUCCGGGCUAGCCGGAAGUGUUGGUUCGGCUAGCUCGGGGCUCACCGCAUCGCCUGGCGGCUCGAGUCUUGGUGGCCAUGCAGGUUCUGCUGGCGCUCAUGGAAGAUCCAGCGGCGGUCCAACAUCGUCGCAAAUUCAACAAGAAGCCGUUGCCGCUGGAUUGGACGUGCCAAAUUUAUCAAGCGCCAGAAGUUCCCUAUCACCUUCAAUGAGUGCUGCUCAGGAUGCUGCUAAUUACGUGAAAUCCGCCCAAAGACCCACAAGUCCCUCUCCAUCGGUCGCCAGUGAAAAGACCGAGGCCGAAUUACUGGACAAACAGGAGAGAGAAGAGGAGGAGAGAAAAACACGAAUACAACUUUACGUGUUCAUUUCGAGAUGUGUAGCUUAUCCAUUCAAUGCCAAACAACCCACAGACAUGACACGGAGACAAAUGAAGAUCACGAAACAGCAAUUGGAGACACUGUGUUCCCGCUUCCAGGCUUUUUUGAAAGGAGAAACGCAGAUAAUUGCAGACGAAGCCUUCCACAAUGCCAUUCAAAAUUAUUUCGAUGUAUUUUUAAAAUCCGAGAGGGUGGUCAGAAUGGUUCAGAGCGGUGCAUGCUCACAGCACGACUUCCGCGAGGUGUUCAAGAACAAUAUCGAAAAACGUGUUCGCAGCCUCCCGGAAAUCGACGGUUUGAGCAAAGAGACUGUUCUUACGUCCUGGUUGGCUAAAUUCGAUUGUAUAUUUAAAGGCACAGGUGACGAGGACACCAAGAGGCCUUCCAGGAUGCAACAGCAGUCCUUAAAUUCAGAACUGAUAUUGUCGAAGGAACAGCUGUACGAUAUGUUUCAGCAGGUCCUCGGCGUUAAAAAGUUCGAGCAUCAGCUUCUGUUCAACGCCCUCUUGUUGGACUCAGCCGACGAACAGGCUGCUGCCAUCCGGAGGGAGCUGGACGGUCGCAUUCAACGAGUCAACGAAAUGGAAAAGAACCGUAAGCUCAUGCCAAGGUUUCUCUUGAAAGAAAUGGAGUCGCUCUACAUUGAGGAACUCAAGUCGUCUAUCAACCUGCUAAUGGCCAAUUUGGAGUCAUUGCCAGUCUCCAAGGGUUCGAUAGACAGCAAAUACGGGCUGCAGAAGCUGAAGCGCUACAACCAUCGGCGUGAGCGCUCCCGCCCCCGCAGUCAGAGUUCUCUCGUUAAAUUGGAGGGCGACUCCGCUGAUUCCGACCCCCAACUCACAAAAAUGGACGUGGGCUUGACUUUUCAAUUGGAAGUUAUUGUUAUGGAAGUCAAAGGCCUUAAAAGUCUCGCGCAAAAUCGAAUUGUUUAUUGUACAAUGGAAGUGGAAGGCGGCGAAAAACUGCAGACUGAUCAAGCCGAAGCCUCGAAGCCUAUGUGGGACACUCAGGGAGAUUUUUCCACAACACAUCCAUUGCCGAUAGUGAAGGUACGACUUUAUACGGAGAAUCCAGGAAUGCUGGCACUCGAGGACAAGGAAUUGGGAAAAGUAAUUCUAAAGCCAACGCCAAUGUCGAGUAAAAAUCCAGAGUGGCAUCGUAUGACCGUCCCAAGAAAUUGUCCGGAUCAGGAUCUCAGGAUAAAGAUUGCCUGUCGCAUGGACAAGCCGUUGAACAUGAAGCACUGUGGUCACCUUUACGCCCUGGGAAAAUCCGUCUGGAAAAAGUGGAAGAAUCGGUACUAUGUACUGGUCCAAGUCUCGCAGUACACGUUUGCGAUGUGCUCGUAUAAAGAAAAAAAAAGCGAGCCGUCGGAAAUGAUGCAGCUGGAUGGCUACACAGUGGACUAUAUCGAAGCCGUUUCUGCUAAUCUUAUGGCUGGCAUGGAUUUACAGGGUGGAAGGUACUUCUUCAACGCUGUACGUGAAGGUGACAAUAUUGUUUUUGCAUCGGAGGAUGAGAACGAGUGUCAUUUGUGGGUGAUGGCAAUGUACAGGGCAACUGGCCAGUCUCAUAAACCAACGCCGCCCGUGACAAUAGCUGAUAAAAAUUCGACAAUCAGCAAAAUUCAAGGUGACGCUGACAGGGCGAGAAAACAUGGAAUGGAAGAUUUUAUCAGUGCUGAUCCAUGCAAAUUUGAUCACGCGAAUCUUUUCAAUUUUCUUCAAAGUUUAACAUUGGAUUAUCGACUGAACGAUCCUUAUUGUUGUCUGGGUUGGUUCUCACCCGGACAAGUUUUCGUUCUUGAUGAAUAUUGUGCAAGAUACGGUGUUCGUGGAUGUUUCCGACAUUUGUGUUAUCUCAGUGAUCUUCUGGACAGAGCGGAGCGAGGAAUAAUGAUUGAUCCAACGUUAAUUCAUUAUAGUUUUGCAUUUUGUGCGAGUCAUGUUGUUGGCAACAGGCCCGAUGGCGCUGGAUCUGUGACACAUGAAGAAAAAGAUAAAUUUCAAGAAAUUAAAGAACGACUUCGUCAACUUUUAGAGAAACAAAUUACAAACUUUAGGUACAGUUUUCCAUUCGGAAGACCUGAGGGAGCGUUGAAAGCUUCUUUAUCACUGCUUGAACGGGUUUUGAUGAAGGACAUUGUGACACCAGUGCCACAGGAGGAGGUCAGGGGAAUGAUCAAAUCAUGUUUGGAGACAGCAGCUCAUGUGAAUUAUGAACGUUUAUCGUCAGAGGCAAAAAUUGAGGAUGACUUUAAUGGCGAAGUUCAGCCCAGUAAGAAACUCGAGGACCUGAUACGUUUGGCUGAAAUUUGCGUCGACCUGUUGCAGCAAAAUGAGGAACAUUAUUCGGAGGUAGCGUUCGCCUGGUUUAGCGACCUCCUGGUGGAACACGCCGAGAUCUUCUGGUCCCUCUUCGCCAAGGAUAUGAACAAGGUCCUCAGCGAGCAGCCACCAGACACGUGGGAUAGUUUUCCGCUCUUCCAAAUUUUGAACGACUAUUUAAGAACGGACGACAAUUUGAAGAACGGAAAAUUCCAUCAACAUCUUCGGGACACAUUUGCUCCAUUGGUGGUGCGCUACGUGGAUCUCAUGGAAACAUCAAUUGCGCAAUCGAUUCAUAAGGGUUUCGAGAAGGAGAGAUGGGAAAUAAAGGGGAAUGGCUGUGCAACAUCGGAGGAUCUCUUUUGGAAAUUGGAUGCAUUACAAUCGUUUAUCGGCGGUUUACAUUGGCCUGAUCAAGAAUUUCGUAGUCAUUUAGAGCAACGAUUAAAAUUGAUGGCAAGUGAUAUGAUUGAAUCUUGUAUACAGAGGACAGACACGGCCUUUAUGCAAUGGCUCAAAAAAGGCGUAACAUUUAUUUCAACCGAUUAUAUUAUUCCGUCUGAGAUGUGUGCCAUGGUGAACGUUAUUCUUGACGCGAAGAAUCAAAGUUUUAAACUCUGCGCUGUCGAUGGUGUUGACGUUCAUCAGUGCCAUGGUAAAAUCGAUGAUCUCAUUGAAAGAACAUCAGCUUCAAUGUCCCAAGGAAUUAUUAAUAAAUUGGUUACCGUCCUGGAAACCACGUUAUCCAAAUUGUCACGAUAUGAUGAGGGAUCGUUUAUUGGAUCUAUUCUUAGUUUUACGAAAGUUUCAGGGAGCGGAAAAGAAAUGGGCCAAGCUUAUGUUAAUUUCGCAAGAAACUGCGUGGACCAAAUUCGUGGUAAGGUUAUCGACGAGUUGUGGAUUAUGACCUUUUUCGAGCAAUGGUAUACUGCCCAAAUAGAGAUGCUUUGUACCUGGCUUUCGGAGAGAUUGGAUCACAGUUUACAUUUGUACCAAUGCACAUGCCUCGCUCAUAUCGUGAAAAAGAUUUAUUCUGACUUUGAACUUCAGGCGAUUGCAGAGAACAAACUUAACUCGAAGACAUAUCAGACGAUAUCUCAGAGAAUGCAGACAGAGGAAGCAACUUGUGCCUUAACCAUGAGCGCUCAGAAUGAAGAAGGGCUUUCGGAAAAUGGCAAUGACGACGAUGUGGAGAGGCCAAAAACGAAAGUGACAAUCGUCGAGACAAUGACAGGUGACGAUGGAAAUUUUGCCAAUAUCAGCAAUGUGACAUCGAAUGUUGUUGGAAAAGUUGGAAAUAUGUUCGGCAAGGGCAUCGGUGGCCUUUCUACGAAAUUCGGCGGAGCCACCAGUUGGUUCUAGUUAUUUUGUAGUCUCCUAAACUCUAAGCUAUAUUUGCCUAGAAAUGUUCCUUCAACUCACUCAUUCACUACUUAUUAAUAAUUGAUUAUUAUUAUUAUUAAACAAAAAAAUCAAAUUAUCGCCAACAGAGUUGGACAUAAAUUUUUUAAAUUGAAUCACAAUUAUUGAUUCAAUAAAUAAGUCCUCAAAAUACUAAAUAUCAUUUUAUUUUUUAUCAAAUUUCUCAAGAGCAAUGCUAAUAAUAAAUACAUUUGAAAGUAUUUUCUUCUCUUUAAACAAAAAAGAAUUUGAUUCUAAUUUUUUGACUUUAAAAGUCUAUAUCUUUACUAUCGGCCACAACGCUCUUAAUAUCACGAUGCCAAUAACGAUAGAAUACAAAUAUAGUUGGAAAAAAACUAAGAAUAGCAGAAAGCAAUAAGAUAGAUGAAAAAAUAAAAAAUUGAGAUAGUAAUAAAAAAAAAAUUAAGAUAGAAACAAAAUAGAAGAAGGAAUCGAGAGAGUUAUGGAAGAAUGUGAUGUCAUUUUAAAAUGAAAAACGACGUGUCACGUAGCAAAAAAAAACACGUCUCACCUGAAAUUUUGUAUAUACGAUAUGCACCGUAAAAUGAAGGACCGAUAUAUGAGAGUAUAAGUAAGAAAUAGAGAGAGAAAAAAGUAUGUAUAUACACACACAUACGUAUAUAUAUAUAUAUUAAAAGUGUAACGUGUAUUUAUCAUUUAUGGACAAUUAUUGUCUGUACACACCAGAUACACCGUUGAUAUAUCUAAUUAGAGAAAUUGUCGCAAAUUUAAAAAUUUCCCAUUUAGCAUAUAUGCGCAAUUAUAUAUGCUGUAAUUCGAGUCAGCGACAGUAUCUAAUAUUCGUAAAUUUAAACAAUGUAUAAGACGUCAAAGGUAAAAUUGCCUCGUUAUUAUUUAGCUAAUUUUUAAUUUUAUUGCAAUUAUUUUUUUGUUAUUUUAAAAAAACUGGACUAUAAAGAAAAUUCAAUCAAUGCUCCAGAGAUCUUUAAUCGAUAUACUAAAUAUUCUUCAAAUUAGACAAUUUUUCUUAAAAUAGUUUAUUUCAAACUGAUAAUUUUUAUUUUUAUUUUUAUUUCUAAUUUUAUUUU